GCGAAUUCCUAAAAUCCUACCGUUCUUCUCGUUCUUCCACCGCAUUUCCAUGGAUUUUCCUAAGCUUUACGUCGGACAUUAUGUGAUUUCGUUGUCUCUUUUGUUCACCGGAAUUCUCUUGUUUUGCAUCUCGUCUUCCUCUGUUUUGGAUCCUUUCACUCUUCUCUCCGAUGGAAGCCAUUGCGGCAGCACAAAGCUUCAAAAUCAGAGUAAUACCAGCGAUUAUGAUUCUCUUGCACCACGAGACGAGCUUGAAUCGGCCCUGUUGCGAACAAGACGUCGAUAAUGGCCAUCGUAAACAAGGCGUACGCGGAUCAAGAAACCACAGCCGUUGCUACUAUGCUGGACGUGUUUCUCGACAGUUUCUGGCUCGGAGAAGGCACUCGGCCUUCGGUAAAUCACCUCAUCCUCGUUGCCGUCGAUCAGACGGCGUACGAUCGGUGCCGGUUCCUUCAUCUGAACUGCUUCCGGUCGAAUUCGCGGAGGAUUUCAUCAAGAUGACUCAGUUUCUCUUGGUUGAAAGUCCUCAAACCCGGGGAUACAACUUCAUCUUCGCGGUUUUAGUGCAUCGACUCUAUAGCUUCUAA